AUGUUUGAAAAUGUCGAAGAGCCCAGAGGGAUCAUCGUGUGCCUAAACUCUCUUAAUCCUGGCAAAAUCCUUGUUACUUGUCGAAGGAAUAGCGCCUAUUACUCGUGGAGGGAGAUUGGUCCUGCCUCAGCUACCCCAAGGGGCGUCCCACAAACGCCCCCAAAAGGCCCCACAAGGAAACCCAACCAGGAGCAACCCAGCAACAAAAACAAUAGCAGUUUUAACUUUCAACAUUUGGAAAUUAGCGUUCCUGACUGGAUGGAGGUCAUGUUCUUCCGUAUCAUAAUGGAAGACUCCUCAGCUCUACUCCUGUGUCAUGUACCGCCCUCAGUGAACAUCUUGACGACAUACAAACUUAACGUAAUUGUUGGAGACCUCAACCAACAUCUUGUUAUGCAUGCAUCUGAUGAUCUUUUAGGAGUUCAUGGUCUUCAAAAUCAUGUAGACUUUCCUACACAUAUCCUUGGAGGCUCCCUUGAUCCAGUCCUCAGUGAUCUUGGCGAGGCAGUCAUUUGUAAGCCUCUACAAACCAUUGGAUCUUCAGAUCACAUUGCAGUUUCGACACAUGUAAAUAUAAGGCCACAUACUCAAGAAUCUUAUGAACGAGAAAUCUGGAACUGGAGGCACGCUGACUGGGCGGCAAUACAACAGUCCCUUAGGAACACAGAUUGGCAGGAAAGCCUUACUGGAGAUGCCAAUGCCCAGAUUGAGUGGUUGACACAAUAUUUCUUAUCCCUUCAGAGAGAGUAUGUUCCUCACCACUCUUACACUGUAAGACCCACUGACCAGCCAUGGUUUGGCUAUAGAUGCCAGCCUGCUUCAGAUGCAAAGUUCAAGGCUUGGAGAAGGCUUAAGCAACAUCCUUCCUGCCAUAACAAAACUUUACACCGAGAAGCAUGUCGACACAUGAGAGAAACAUCCCAAUGGGCAAUCAGUCGUUGGGAAAGGGACAUCCAAACACGCAUGAGAAGGACCAACGUUGGAUCCAAACAAUGGUGGUCCUUAGUUAAAGAAAAACAGGGACAAUUAAAGCAAGACACCAUUCCUCCUCUCCAAGACGUUGACAGUAGUUAUGCUGUCACAUCUGCCCAGAAAGCUGAUCUCUUAGUUAGGCAAUUCAGUGCGAAAAUGCAAGUGGACAGCCCUGAAAAAGUACCGCCUCUUCCAAGGCAAAUUACAAAAGCAUCCUUGCAUACUCUCCACAUCCAAGCUAACAGAGUGAAGAUUAUCCUGAAAAAUCUUGACACUAACAAGGCAGUUGGUCCUGAUAUCAGCCCAUUCUUUGUGAAAAAAUGUGCAGUUGAACUUGCAACUCAACUUGCAAUGGCUUUCAACUGUUGUUUGAAAGAAAAGUCGUGUCCCAGGAUCUGGAAACAUGCACGUGUAGUUCCUGUGCACAAAAAGUGUAGCAAGUCGGAUCCAAGGAAUUACAGACCAAUUUCUCUGCUUUCUAUAUUAAGCAAAGUAUUUGAGAGAAUUAUUGCCGACCACAUUGAAAAUUUCUUCGAUCAGAAUCACCUGAUUUCAGAUCGGCAACAUGGAUUCCGAAAGAAAAAAUCAACAUCUGAUGUGUUGAUGUCACUCUCUCAGUCAUGGAGUGACGCACUGGACACUGGGAGAAACACCAUUGUCAUUGUCUUGACAUUGCCGGAGCUUUCGACAGGGUCUGCAUAUGCUGAUUACUGUACUCUGUCAGUGAGCUACAAAAGGGAAGAAAGUCAGGCUGCCAUUGCCCAAGUGAACACUGCAUUGGAACUGAUUGAGACCUGGGGACACGAUGGCAAUCCUCAUUUGCAACAGAAAAGUCUCAAGCUAUGGUCAUCUCACGUUCCACCGAAGCCUCGUUCUGCAUCAACGGGAAAAUAA